AUGUACCCCAACCCCCUCAUCUACUGCACCUGCUGGGAUCCCUGGAACUUGGGGCCACGAAAGCUAAUCAAGACCCCUCAGCCACCAAGCAAGACCUCCUCAGUGAAGCCCAAGCUCUCUCCUCUUCCUCCAGCUGGAAAAAAACAGAAUUAUGCCCAACCGAUAACCAAACCUGUUGUCUCCCCAAAAAUGAAAGUCCAUUUAGGAAAACAAGAGGAGAGCAAUAAAUUAGCUAAUGAAGUGAUAAACGUGUCACCUGGCUACCGCCUCGUUCGGAACAGGGAGCAGAUUUCUGUCACCUUGGGAGAUGAGAUGUUUGAUAGGAAAAAACAUUCAGAAUCGGAGGACAUGGGCAAAGUCAAAAUUUCCAGGACUGAUAUCAUUGCCGACCUCAAAGAACAGAUCUCAGAGCUGACAGUGAUCAUAGAGCAAAUGAACAGAGACCAUCGUUCUGCCCAAAAAUUGCUCUCUAAUGAAAUGGAUCUCCGCUGUGCCGAGAUGCAGAAGAACUUUGAAAGCAAGACGAGGGAGCUCGAGGAAGCUCACGCAGCACAACUCGGUGAGUUGGAGAAAAACUACAAGGCAGCCUUGAAGGCAGAAAAGUUGGCUGCCCAGGACAAACUAGAGGAGAUGGGAAAAGAAUAUAAAUAUUUGAAGAAUAUGUUUCAUAUAUAUCAGGACAGCAUUUAUGAUGAAAUGGAGGACAAGUGGUCAAAGAAGAAGGCAGAGUGGGAGAAGGAUGAGAAGCUGGAGCGGGAGAGGAUACUGUUACAGCAAAAACAUAAGAUAACCAGAAAGUUUGAGUUAGAAUCAGAAGAAGAAAGGAAGAAAAUAAAUGAGUCCUACACAGCUAUCUUUGAGAACUUCAGUCAGGAGAAGGAGGAGCUCUUAAAACAACAUGAAAGGGAUACCUUGCAAUUAGAGGAGCUUAGAAAGACAAAAGAGGUCAUAGAGGAAGAGCUGUAUGCUCAAGCUCUUAUCCUAGAAUCACUUAACACAACCCUCUACCAAACCCAGAUGGAACUCCAGAGAGAGAAAGCUAUGGUAGCAACUCUGGAGAAAACACUCCAGAUCAAGCUUACUGAAGCUGAAGACAAGCUUAAGUACACCAUACACCACCUGACAGAAGAAAACAUUCAUCUAAGGCAAAAGAUACUUGCCAAAAAUGAAGAAAUUUAUGAUGAACAAUUUGGGAGAUCUACCUCUGUUACUGUUUAUGAGCAUAUUUCUGACACUUCAGAAGAUGGUGACAGCGAAACACAAGAGUCAUGA